CAGGACUGGCAUGCCAUGCGCCUGCACACUCCAUCCUCUUACUCCACCACACGCUGCACAAGAUGUCAUCAGCCGCUCCCGCAAGUCUGAUCAGCACCUCUUUACCUUUGCCCCUGCUCGCAAAAGGCAAAGUGCGAGAUUUGUACGAUGCUGGACCCGUCCUGUCUUCCGAAGUCGAUGCUGGAAGGUUGGGCGAAGAGUACAGAGAUGCCAUACUCUUCGUAGCAACGGAUCGCAUCAGCGCAUUCGAUGUGAUCCUGGAAAAUGGCAUCCCAUCCAAAGGCCCGCUACUGCACGCCCUCUCCACUUUUUGGUUCGACCUGCUCACACCUUCCAUCCUUCCAUCUCACGUUCUAUCGAAUUCCUUUCAUUCCUUUCCCGCCGCACUCCAAUCCGCGCUCUCCUCCGUAUCCUCUCAAGUAGCAAAUCGCAGCAUGCUGGUCAGACGAGCCAGAGUGUUGCCCAUCGAGGCGAUUGUGAGGGGAUACAUUACGGGCAGCGCGUGGAAGGAGUACAAGAAGAGCGGGACGGUGCACGGGAUCAAGGUGCAGGAAGGACUGGUGGAGAGCCAGGAGUUUCCCCAAGCCAUCUUCACACCCAGCACCAAAGCUGAGCAGGGAUCGCACGAUGAAAAUAUUCAUCCCGACAAAGUCGCGGAUCUGAUAGGUGCACACCUAGCCAAGGAGGUCGAAAGCGCAGCGUUGUCGCUUUUCAAACAAGCCUCAGCACACGCCAAAUCACGCGGCAUCAUUUUGGCCGACACAAAAUUUGAAUUCGGUCUGAUCUCUAGCACCUCUCCUUCGACUGGUCAGGCGACCCAACAGCUGAUCUUGGUGGAUGAGGUCUUGACUCCAGACUCUUCGCGGUUCUGGUCGGCGAAGGAAUAUCAAGUGGGCAAACCUCAGCAGAGCUUUGAUAAACAAUUUGUCAGGGAUUGGUUGAUCGAAGAGGGAUUGGAUGGCAAAGAAAAGGGAAAGGAUGGGCAGAGUGUAAGAUUGCCUGAUAGGGUAGCGUUGGAUACCAGGGACAAAUACCAGGAGGCGUACGAGAGGAUCACGGGCAGAACGUGGCAAGGUUUGCAUUGAGCGGGAAACUCCUUUCGAAUGAAUGCUGCAGUCUGGUCGCUCCACCACUGGGCUGAGUGUGAUGGCGAUCGUGUGUGCGCACGCGCAGCCGUCGGACAGCAGCAAGCCAAGUGAAGAUUUCGCACAGGACAGACACAGACAAUGCGCUGCUUCAAAGCCUCAAAAGGUGUUUGAACAAUUCAUUUCAGCAGAGCGCUUCUACCUCUUGCUCUUCUUGUGCCCUGCGCUUUCCGACGCAUCUUUUCUCUUCUCCGAAGUCACGCCUUGUCCCUUUUCCAACUUGCGAGAAGCUUCAUCAGCGGCUUUCAGCACUCU